GUAGCACAGAAUGCCACAUCCAUGUGACGUCGCAGGAUUGCCGAACGGCCCGCACCCCUUAACCAAGAGCAGGAAUGAGCCACAAAGCAGCCUCUGAGGGCAACUGCAGCCGUGGCAUUGCGUGUAAAAGUUGCGUCUCGGCCAUCCUUGCGACACGCUUGUAAAAUGUCGCAGCCAGCGCCAACGUUUGCUUCGUUCCUCUCGAGGGCUCCUCCUGUACUGAGCACGCAGGGGGCCACCACAGUCUUUCAGUUUGCACCCACAGUGCAGGUAGACCCAAAAGCACCUUUCAAGUUCAAUGCACCACCUACAGAAGCCACACCAAAGCCGAAGCCACCCGCGCCGCAACUGAUCAACUUGGAGAAGUACCUGGACAGCACGGUAUUCUCAGACGUGGAGUUCGUGGUACAGUCAGAGCGGUACUUGCUUACGAGGACCAUCCGAGCGCACAAGCAGUUCCUGGCCAUGAGAAAUGACGUCUUUGGCACCAUGUUCUUUGGCAGUCUGCCCGAAAAGGACAAGGUCUGCAUCACUGACCUGCACCCAAGUGGAUUCUACGGGCUGCUCAAGUACCUCUACUCAGGCACUUGCGAACCUGACUCCUUCGAAGAGGCAAUCCACAUUCGAGAAGCUGCAGACAAGUACCUCGUGCCUGAACUUGUGACAGUGUGCUCCAAAUACAUUGAAGCAAACAUGUCCGCUGACAAGGUCUGUCCCCUUUUGGACUGUCUGGCAACAACUGACACUGACAGGAUCGACAAGGCAGCUCUUCAGGUGCUCAAGAAUGAUGCCCUUUCAGUGAUCAAUUCCGAAUCGUUCAUCGAAUCGCUCGACAGCACGGUGGAGUCCAUUCUGAAAGUCAUAAGUGGUGUGCCCGAGAGUUGCAUCUUCCUGGCCAUCCGGAAGUGGGCAGAAGAGAAGUGCCGAAAGUCUCUGUCAUUGGGUGAGACCCCACUGGAGCUGCAAGCGGUCAUUCGGCCCUUUCUUCCCAAGCUGCGCUUCCUGGCCCUGACUCCACAGGAGUAUGUCAAGGGUCCCGGUUCGUGGAAUGUGCUCGAGGACCAAGAAGAUUUCGCCAUCCUCAGGAACAUCAUCGUUCACGAUUCUGUGCCACUGCCUUCUUGGGUCUGCACUGAUGACACAGCUCGUGGACAGCUGCUUUUUAAAGCUAAUCCAUUCGAAACAAGUGAUGCGUCAGUGACUGUAGUGAGGAAAAAAAGCCCAGCUGCUGAAGGCAAUGAAAAACCUAAAUGACAUCUGCUUGAACCACACAGUGAAGCAAUUUUUUUAGAAAGGACAGUUCCAGUGGGAUACGAGACAUACAAUAAAUAAUUGUUUUGAUGAAA